AUGCUCUCCAAUCUGACUAAAACAACGAGGGUUUGCGUGGGCACAACAUCAUUUUCGUGUUACUCAACACUUUUGAAAUUCCAUAGCAACUAUUUCGAACGCCACCUGCGCCCGGUAAACAGCGAACACCAUUUUGUUAUCGAUAUUGAUCGCUCAAUUUGCGAAUAUCGAUUUCGCUUUCGCGAGGGCGCCGACCUGCUGGCGGUGGGCUUCCGAGCUGCCUACACGUGGAUGAGACUGAAGCAGCCCCUGGAGCCGUCGAUGCCGCCGGAGAAGCUGGUGGUGCUCACUCACACGGCCAUGCAGCUGGAGAUGCCCACACUGCUGGCGAAGUGCUAUGAACUACUGUGCACCGUCCACUAUCGGGAGGAGAUCGCCUUUCAGGUGUACUUGAACGCCCUGCGUUAUCCGCAGCUCGAGGCGCUGCGCAAGGUGAUGCUGCAAAGGAUCGGCAAUGCUUUUCUGGCCGUGAUCGGCGGAAAUGAGUUCCUGCGCAUGCCGCUGGAGGAUGUGAUGACCAUGCUGCAGCAGGACACCUUGGGCGUCAAUACCGAGGUGGAGGUGAUUGUGGCCAUUGUCAGGUGGCUGACCGUCAAUGCGCACGACAUGGCCAGAGCGACGGCUCCACUGAUGGCUUGCCUUCGGCUCACCCUCUUGCCACUGAGCAUGCUGCAGCGGUUUUGGAGCAGUGCCAUGGCUCCGUGGAAGCCCAACGAACCCUUCAUGAACAUCUUUCGCGGCGAUUGCCGUAUGCGUGAGCGGAUCAGCUGUGCGAUUACCGUGGCCCAGUUGCAGCAUUUGUACACGACUCGUCGCGAGUUCCUCAAGUCCUGCCGCUCCAGGGGCUUCGUCGUGGACACGCCCAGGGAGUGGAUAUACGAUGAGGAAUGCUGCUAUCACUUGCCCAGGCCCAGUGGUCCCUAUUCGCACACAAUUUGUAUCCAUGUCCUCGUCAACUACGCGAUACGCAGGGCUCAGCGGCUCACGGAAACCUCAUUCCGCUGGUCCAGAGGCUUUUCGCACUUUUUGCCGGACUCCGAUGAUCUGGAGCCCAUUGCUGAGGACUCCGAGGACAAGGAUGAGGAGGCGGAAGUGCCCGGAGCGCCAGGUGAGCCGGGAGAGCCACAACAGCCAGUAGCGGAACCUCUCCAGGCUCAGUUCAGGCAUGAUCGAGAAACCAUUGAACGCGAACUGGAAGGCUUGCGGACAAGUCUGAGCGAACUGGUGGAGCGGGCAAACCGACGUGUUGAGCUGCGGGAUGAGCUGGAGCGACGUAUUCGCGAACUGGAAGGUGGACGCCAUGCCAAUCCGUGGGAAACCAACUUGUUUAGUGGCACAAGUGGCGAGAACUUCAAUGAUUUGGCCAUGUUUCAGGAUGGCCACCUUAGCUGUACCCACUCCGAUUUCAACGCCGAGGUGCAGGACGCAAGCGAUUCGUAUUUUUAUGAGCAUGUCUGUCGGUUGAGGGAGCUAAUCCUGCCGGAGACCGUGGAUUACACCGAGGAAUCGUCCGUGGAGCAUGUGCGUCCCAUGGAGAACUAUCUGCUGAAUACCGAGCUGAUGAUCCUCAGGUUGUUGGAGCAACUCGACGUGGAUGCAACGCCGUAGGCAUGUGGAUGCACAGCCUUCAUAUUUUUGCAUAUGACCCCCUGCCGCCGCCCCCUUCAAAUUGCAGUUAACAUACACCAAUCGGCCAAUUAUCUCUUUGUUUGGAUUUCUCAAUAUUAAAUUGUAAAUUAAACAUGAAACCACUACAAAAUGUUCGAUUAAAAUGCCCCAAACUGUGUACAUAUAUCUUUUAUAAUAAAAGAGCACACUAGGGCA